CAGAUGCCUUUUGCAUGAAAAAUAAUUUAAUCAACAAAAUAUGUAUGCGUGUUUGACAAACACCCCUUAAAGUCAUGGCAAACUUUCCACAUUUCAUCUUUCACUAUUUACAAAGCAAGUAGAUUUCCUUUUUCUGAUUUGAGGUCAAUAAACUGUGUGGUGUGUCAGAAUCUUAGAAUGGCUUGAAUUGGAAGGGACCUGAAAGAUAAUCGAGUUCCAGUCCCCCUGCCAUGGGCACCAGUACCUUCUACCAAGACCAGGUUGCUCAGAGCCCAUCCAGCUUCAUACUUCAGGCUUGGGGCAUCCACGGCUUCUUUGGAUAGCCUGUGCUAAGGUCUCGCCACCCUCACAGCAAAGAAUUUCUUACUGAUAUCUGAUCUAAACCUUCUCUCGGUUUGAAGCUACUCCUCCUUGUCCUGUCACAUGUGCUCUUUUGGAAAGUCCCUCUCCAGCUUUCUUGAAAGUCCCCUUAAAGUACCAUAAGUGCAUUUCAAGUGCUAUGAGAUCUCUCUGGAGUCUUCUGUUUUCCCCACUGAACAACCCUGGCUCUCAGCCUUUCUUCAUAGGAGAGGUGUUCCUCCGGUUGUCCUUUGUGACCUUGCUCCAACAGAUCCAUGUCUUUCCUGUGUUGAGGACCACAGAGCUGGAUGCAGUUUCUGUAGGGUGAAAAAAAAAAAAAAAAGCAGACCAGUUCAUGUGUUUUGAAACUCUUGUCUUCAGUUGAAAAAUAGCUUCACAUGUGAUGGCAUUGUUUGUGUCAAGCUCAUACAACCAGCUGUGGAGUGUGCAGCUUCACGUGAUACGUCGCUCCUCUCGCGGUGGCGCUGGGAGGGACAGGUGGAUUAAUCCAACACAUUGCUGCUGCCACAAGAGACUGUUGUGCUCCCACUAAAGAAGGCCUUUCCUGUUUCUUCCUCCAGCUCAGCUGGUGUUGCAGCUCCUUGGUGAUCUGAUUCAGAGCACUGGGAUGGCAGGGUUUGUUUAUUCUGUGGAUAAGUUUUCAAUGCGCCCAAGGGGAUCAGCAGGCACAACUUUGGAGGCUGCAUGAUUAUGUGUGGAAAGUAUGGGAGGUGGAGAGGAGAGAGUGUCUUCAUGAACAAUACAGUUGUAACCAGCUAUCCAGUUGCUUGCCAUCUUGACCACUGUUGAUCAGUGCUGUUUUUGAUAAUUUCCCAGACAGUGUCGUUUGAGCAUGGGAGGUGUUAUUUUUUGGAUUUUGCUUCUUAAAAAAACAAUUUUUUUUUUUUUUCAAAAUAGGCUUUUUCAUGGUGGCAUAGGAUACUUUGUGUGUCAUUCUUGAAAUAUAGAUAAAGCAAACGCUGACACAGACCAAUUCAGAGAAUAACAUGAACUGUAAUUUAACUUCCCUAAUUUAAUGGGUGCUCCUUGCAUUUGCUUUUAUAACUGUAAAAGAAACCUGUUUUCAGUUUUAGAUAAUAUCCCUAUGCUGUGCAAGCUUCCCCUGUGAAAGAAAUAAACUUUGGACUCAGGUCCUCCAUACUCAAAUGGUGGAUGGUGUGAUAUCUCUUGUAUUAGAACUGGAAAAAUAUAUUUGGAUAACCCUGCUAAGUCCAUCAUAAUUAUGCAGCCUGUUUCUGAGACAGCAGCUUAAAAUUGCAGAUAUUUCCAGCAGACGUGUAAAACACACUGGCAUCAACUGUAUAUUUUGAAGUGCCUAGGAAUGUUUUGUUUCAAAAGUGAUACCUAUAUAUAUAAUCCUAAUGUUAAGAGUAUUUUUUCAACCAUUUUUAAGAGUGCUAUCUAAAGUUAAUAUUGGAUUAGAGUAAAUAAAUAUUUGCUUAGUGUUCUCCAGAUAUAACUGGUUUCUCUAACUGCUCAUGUUCUGUGUAGAUUUUAGACUAAGCAGCAGGGGAAACUGUAAAAUUCAUGUUCCAGAAAGUUUAAUCUGAUCUGCCAUUUAACAAAUCAAAUCUUUAUUUUUUAACCUUGCCCUCCUCAGAAUGGCUUUUAUGUUCCCUGUUGUCCUCAUCCCUGUUUGCCCCCCUCUCCUUCUGUUUUUUCUCAUUGCUUUAUAUUGAAUUGAGGAUUGACUAAGAAACUCAGGAUUAUUUUUUUCUUGCAGAAUGGUUCUGCUUAGUAUUGUUUGACUAGCAAAAAUGGAACUUUAUUGAGCUCUUAAUGCAGGAAAAAUUCUAGUACCCUGUUCAAGGUUCAAGAGCUUCUUAUUGUGGCUUGGUAAGAAGAUCUGGAUUGUCUUUGACUGCGUAUAUAUAAGAUUUUCAACUGAAUUCUCAUCUAUCAACACUGGCAAAUAUUCACAAGAUUUACCACACCCUCAAUAGGCUGAAUCUGACAGAGGACGUUGGUCAAGACGAUCACCAGACAGGAGAGAGCCUUUCAAAGAUUCGAAGAAUAGGAAGUCUUCGGUCUUGCAGUUCAUCAGACUGCUUUAGUAAAGUGAUGCCUCCAAGGAAAAAGAGGAGACCUGCAGCAGGAGAUGAUUUAUCUGCUAAGAAAAGUAGACAUGAUGGUAUGUAUAGAAAAUACGAUUCAACUAGAAUAAAAGCAGAGGAAGAAGAAGUCUUUUCAAGUAAGAGAUGCUUAGAGUGGUUCUAUGAAUAUGCAGGCACGGAUGACAUUGUAGGGCCAGAAGGGAUGGAGAAAUUUUGUGAAGACAUUGGAGUUGAACCAGAAAACGUAGUAAUGCUUGUGCUAGCAUGGAAGUUGGAUGCACAAAACAUGGGUUACUUUACAUUACAAGAAUGGUUAAAAGGAAUGACAUCACUACAGUGUGAUACUACAGAAAAAUUGAGAAAUUCUCUGGAUUACUUGAGAUCUUUAUUAAAUGAGCCUACCAAUUUUAAACUUAUUUAUAGAUAUGCCUUUGACUUUGCACGGGAAAAGGACCAGCGCAGCCUAGAUAUCAAUACUGCCAAGUGUAUGUUGGGCCUUCUUUUAGGAAAAGCAUGGUCUCUUUUUCCAGUGUUUCACCAGUUUCUAGAGCAAUCAAAAUACAAAGUUAUCAAUAAGGACCAAUGGUGUAACGUUCUUGAAUUCAGCAGAACAAUUAACCUUGAUCUCAGUAACUAUGAUGAAGAUGGAGCCUGGCCAGUGUUGUUGGAUGAGUUUGUGGAAUGGUAUAAAGGAAAACAGAUGACAUAGGAGUUUAACUAUGCACAGCCACUCAAGAGUCACUGUUACCACAGUUAUGUCAACCAUUAGCCAUAAACUGCUAUCUGUAUCAAAGUGCAUGCUGCUUUUCUUGCACUGCAUCCCUUUGGCAAGGAACUUUUGAUGUUUGCUAUUUAACAAGCUAGCUAUGCUUGCUGUUUAGCAUUGUUCUCUUUGAAGGCUGCUUUGCAUUUUGUAUUUACACUACAAAUUGGUGAACUUGCCAGAGUCUUCACUGUGAUUAUGUGUAUAUUGCUGUCUAAAUUUUGUAUAUGUGUAUAAAAGAAGGCUUCACCUAGGAAUUAUUUCUGCAGAAACGUAUUGUAAAAAUAAUUUUGUGGCAUAUUUCUAAUCAUCACUUACAUGUCUGUUGAAACUUCAGUUACUUUGUUUUUCUUUUGGUCUCAAAUGUAGCAUUUCAGUCUUUCUGGCCAUAGUUAUGUGAAGAACUAUUUACGGUUUCAAUGUUACUAUUUGAGAUGCCAAUUUCUGAGAAGACAUGCUGUGAUUUCCUUCACCAGAAUUUGCCAAAUCUGACCUAAUGCUAUAUAGGAAUGAAACAUUGAUGUCUUAAAAAAUAUAUAUACAUAUGAAUAUUUAAACACUGUAAUAGUUGUACAUGCCACAGAUGAUUUCCAUUUGAAGAAAAAAGUACUGACUUUUUAAUGUUAAAACUGCAGUAGUCGUUACAGGUACAAAAGAACAAAUUAAAGUACCUUUUAAAAAUGGGUUUUAGACUUUUGUAAAUUGCCUUUGGCAUACUCCUUUUAAUUUUUGGUGUACCAAGAGUGUUUGGUCUGUGUUGUGAUCUAGUGACCCAAUGACAUUGAAAGUUCUAGCUGGAAUAAGUGGUUUGGGGAAUGAAGUAUGCUCACCCCCAGCACAGACAUAAUAAAGGUUUUGGGGAUUAUUUUGUUUGUAGCACUAGUCUUUCCAAGGGCCUCCAGCUUCGUGUUUCUAAGUACUUGAAAAUAUGAUAUCGGAAAAAAUACGAUGUUGAAUAGUCAAAAUAUUACUUUUCCUUUCCUGUUGGGGAUUAAGGUUUCCUAGCAGAAUGUCCAUUGCAGGCAAUGGGCAUGUAAGACACCAGCAUUAAGUGACUACUUUGUAGUAGGGACCACUGCCUGUUUCACUCAUCUCUAUCUGUAUGGGAUGGUUCUAGUGAUUAUUUUGGGGAAAAAUGAAUGAAUGGAAUAAUGUUUAAGUUCUGUAAUUUUGUCAAGUUGUCUUUGCCUUACCCUUCUUUAUUAAUGUUAGUGUUGAUAUUUAUAAAUAGGUCCUUAAAGUAUCAGGUGCUAUUAAACUUUUAUCCCUAAGGAUUUAUUAAAAUGUUACUGAUUCAUGAAGCAUUUAACAACAAAGGGCCAGUGGGUGUUUUGGAACAACAAAUAACAUUACUUUUCUGUAGAAAUAUUUUACAAGGUAUUGGCAGUUUUGUUAUUUCCCUAGAAAUGCCAUCCAGGGGAGGAGAAGGAAAGCAUUUUAAGUUGAAAGUGAAAUUCUCUUCUGUGUUGAAGGUUCUAUCCUUGCUGUCAAGUGAGGAACAACUGCCAUUGGCUUGACUCAUUUCAGGAUUAAGUCUAGGAGGAGGAUUAGCAAAAGCACAUUAGUUUGCUGCCCUGGGCCAGGAGGUUCUAAUUGUCCUGGUACAGGUGGUCAGUUGUGUUCAGAUCUAUUUGUUGUUGUUCUUGGUUUUUGUUUUUCAAGCUCAGCUGCCAAAGACAAAAACUGUGUGUCUGUUUGUGUAUAUUUGUAUAUACGUAAAUAUACAAUAUACAUGCAUAUACGAAACCUAGAAUUUCACGAUGCUAAGAAGAAAAUACUACCUUUCCUGUGAAAUAGCUACAUUUGGAUUUCCAUAAUACUAAAUAGUGCUUUUUAAAGUUAGUAGUGGUAAAACAUACACAGUCAGUGCUUUCUCAUGUACUAAUGCACAUAACCUUAAUUCCAUGUUUGAUGCCAGUUUGCACAAGAAAUUGAGUGGAGUGUGGAAUUUAAUGUUUACAAUAAGCCUCUUAAGAAAACACACCUUUUAUUAAGGCUUCUGAUGUAAAUGUGUAUAUUACAAUAGCAUUACCGUAAUGAAAUGCCAAUGGAGCUGCUGGUUUAGUUCUUCAAAGAAUGAACUUAGAAGCAAUAUGACUUAACAUUAGGCCAAAUUGUGAUUGCCAAGAUUUUAAGUGAAAUAGGUGUAAUUGUUCUUAAAGCAUUAAGCUAGCUGUUGACUCUAGGAAACUGUUCAGCACAAAUUGGUGUGAAUCCUGCAACAAAAACAAGUGUGUAUAAAAGGUUUUGUAGGUCACAAAUAACUGAGCUUCCAAUAAUGGAAGCAAGAGCCAAAGACACUUUUAAUCUAUUACUGUUACAGGCAUAGCUUUCAUAUAACAGGAUUGACAGAAGUCGGUUCAGCCAGGUUUUGACAGUUUUGCAAAUGUUUAUCAGAAUAAAAAAAAUUACUUAAAAGCAAAUAAAUGGGGAAAGAAACCUCAGAAAGUACAUGAGCUGUGUAAGCAAACAAACUUGUUUUUUUAAUUUGGAUAGAAGUAAUUGGGAGUGAUGGAAAGGAAGAAUGUGUUUGGAAAUGAAUUGGAUGCUGCAAAUUUUUUCUUCCAUUUGAAACAGUAUGAAUCUGUAGCCAUCAGCAGAUUUAUAAACAUGCAUCUUCAUAAAAUAAAACACAGAUUCAAUUAAAGCUAGUAGAGGCAGCUUUACUGACAUUUAUAGUGAACAAAUGGACUAAAAUGAACCUGUGUGGUUUGAUGAGCUUCCCUGUGCUAUCCAUCCUGUUGGUUUUGCUAAAUAGGCUGAUAGCAGAAGAUUCUAACAUUGCCUGCUCCUGUAUAUUGGAGAAACUUUUAAUAGUUGUGGAAACUUAACUAACAUACUCAGUUAAUUUGCUUUUUUUGUUUAUUAUGCUGAUAAUCUAGCUGAUGUCGACUUGUUUUUUGUUUGAUUGUGGGCUCCCAUCCCAACCCUUAUGAAAGGGUUGUUAUGAAAACAUGCUGUUUUCUGGGACAAGACACUGAGAGGUCAUUCCUGAAAAAGUGUUCUGGGUCUUGUGCUAAUGUUACUGGUGUACUGUUACUGAACUUUUAGCAGAAACUUGAUCAUCAAUCUACAGUUAAUUUUUGGUAUUUGGGAGAUGUAAAUUGGAGAGACAGUUAGUGAAAGGAAAACAGUGUCCAGAGACUAUAGCAGUUGACGUUCUUUGAGAGAUGGCAAACAUUUGGAGCUCUUUGCACUCAGUAAUCUUAAGAAUCUUUUCAACCUAAAUGAUUCUAUUAAUAUUAGUAACCAAAACAGUCCAUGAAUUAAAUUUCCUUCUGAAGCAAAGUGAUAUUAAGUAUUUAAAGUAUUAAUAUAAUUCUCUAUUACUGUUAUUUCUUCACUUUUUAUCUUUUCCAAGGAAAGCAAGCUGAAGAACAUAGAAAUUACUGAAAAUAUUUAUGUACUUGAGUUUUCAGUUAAAGCCUCUUUAAGAUUGUCUUUAAGCUACAAUAACUGCUUGAGUUAUCUUUGUGUAGCCAUUUCUCAUUCUGUAGAGGCUUCUCCCAUUUUACCACAAACAUGUUUUAUUUCAUCAGAAAUAUGCUCACACAAUCAAAAUUAGUUACAGCUUAUUGCUACUUUGUUAAUGUUCCCAAGUUACUCUUUUGAAGGACAAGAAGUGGACUUGUGUUAAGGUUUUCCCAGAUUUCUGUUGACCCUCAGUCCAUAAGUCUCACAAAUCGUUUGAUACUUUUGGAUUUUAUAUAGACAGCUUUAAAGGUUAGCUUGUGCCCUGGUUCUAUUUAUAGCUGCUAACAUACCUCUUUCUAGGCCUUAUAUUUUGUCUUUUCAUAUUGUUGUAAAAGUAUAUAGAAUCCAUCUACAAACAGAAUGGUUUGUUUUCUGUAAUUGAGACCAAAAUUCAGCUUUUUUUGGUUUGCUUUUAUUUUUUAAAUCCUUACCCACUCCCCCACUGUGUGUGUGUGUGCAUGUGUAUGUGUGUCAAAAUAGCACCUACUGACACUGCUGUGGCAGGAACAGCAGUUAACCUGUAACUGUGAAUGCUUUACGUCUUAGUUACUUGGAUAUUACAUAAAUAAGGUGUGCUAAACUCCUGUGAUUCACAAUAUGAUGAAAAUACUAUUAUGCCACCUAACAUGAGUUAAUCCAGUUGAUUUUUUUAGGUCUUUUCUUGGUGUUGUUGUAAAAUGGCAUCCCAGAAAUAAACAGUAUUUGUAUUGGUUUCAGAAA